AUGGGUUCAGUAAACAGUGACAGCGUAAUAAACAUUAGUAGGGUUGGGGAUGAGCAUAGUUUACAUUCCGAGGACUUGCCUGGUUACAACCUAGAGGCAUACACUGUGGUACUGUCCACUGCAGCUCAUGUCCUGUCCACACUGUUUGGAGGCAGCAGUAACAUCGCGGUCAUCGUUGCCAUCACUACACGUCGCAACAUCAACAAGUACAGUUAUGCACUUGUCCUGACUCUUUUCCUGGCAUGCUGCAGUCUCAACUUCAUCUGGAGUCCGUUAGAAGUUGCAGACCUUAUAAUGUUCCAUUUCUCACACCGGCAUCCUUUCAACAGUUAUGUUCCAAUCAAAACAUAUUUCUACCUGUUUCUCAUUCUUCUUAUCAGUUUCAUUAUCUUACUCAUGUCGAUAGAAGCCAUAUUUAAAAUAAAACAUUGUUUCGGAAAAAUACUGAAAAAAAUCUGGCCGCUGGCUUCAACUGUCACAGCUCUAUUUUGUUCUGGAUUACUGGCAGUCAUCUUCUUCGUAAAAUGUAUCAACACUGAGCACAUCUUUAGAUGGACAUACACGGUCAUCGAUAACGGCGCCAGAUCCACAAUUCUGGCGUUUACUGCUUUGGCAUUUUGUACCGUGUGUGUGGCUUUGUUUAUUAUUUUGGCUUUUAUAAUCAAAGAAUCGGUUUACUUUGAAAGUGGACGCCCACAUUUCCGACAGAAGAAGAUCAAACUGGAUAUCCCAGAGUUCCUGAUUAGCCAGAGCAACGCCUGUGCGGACAACGAUGGCGGGUUUGAGCAUAGUCAAAGUGGGACGCCAUCGCCAACGACCCCGAAACUUCUGUCAGUGAUUAAUCCGGAGACAGGUGGGGAAGACUUGAGUCCAAUCCCAGAUCUUCCAGGACCAAUGGCGAAACCUACAGGAAACAGACUUGGAAUUAACAUGGCACAGGUACUGGGACGCCGUCGUCAUACCAUCUGCCAAAUUAGUGACUCCACCAGUGCCGCUGCUGUAUCGCCAGACCCAGCUUCUAGAGCCAAACAAUACAACUACGUAAGAAAGUUCUCCGUUGACAUCUCUGCUCUGCAGGCUCAGCUCCAGAACCCGAAGAUCUGCAAAGAUGCGCCAUUUCAGUCAGACAUUGAUAUUUCCAAGAGACCUGCUUCAGAGAAACCAGAAAUUCCCAAGCCUCUUUUACCACAGAAGCCAUUAACAGGAAGCUUCAAUGAGAAAAUUGAGGCUUUUACGGAAAAGGUUAAACAAGAUAAAGUAGAAUCUCCUGCUGGUACUAACAACCAACCUCCUCCAGUCAUAAUGGUUUCCAAUGAUGACGCCCCAGUCAGUACUAUGGAUACUGAACAAGACAACAACCAAAACGAAACUGACGUUUCACAUGAGACAUUCCAGGAACAAAUUAAAACAAACCCCAACUCAGAAAAUAAAAACCACAAACCGAAUUCCCUCAUAUUCACAAAAUCCACUGAAGAAGAAGAUCACAUGUCUCCAACAUUAGAGAGCGCUACAAGUGACCACAGCAACGCUGACUCAGACUUCCGUAAAAUGGCACGGUUAACUCUUCUUCUGAGCUUGACAUUCAUUUUGCACAUGUUGCCUGUUCUAGCCAUGGAAGUAUUGAAGGCAACACUGAGUCUCGACGCAUUUAUCAACAUCUCCACGUGUACCAUCGCUGUUUCCAGCGUUCAGACCAUCGUUUACCCUCAUCUGAUCAUCUGCUGCGAUGACGUGGUUCACAGAGCUAUCCACAAAGUGAAGAAACGAACUCAGAUCGCCUGCUGCUGUCGUAGUGACCUGGACGCUCAUAGCCAGGUGGAUGACAGUUCCAGCGUCAGUCAAGUGUAA